UUUUGUACAUUUGGAGCCAUUUGGGUUUGCUAUUCUCUCUCUCUCUCUCUCCGACUUGGAAAGAAGAAGGAAAAGGAAGGUAGAAAUGGGAGUAUUCACGUUCGUGUGCCGGAGCUCGGGCGAGAAAUGGAACGGAAAGCAGCUGUCGGGAGAUCUGGAAGCUUCUGCUUCUUCCACCUUUGAGCUGCAGAGGAGUCUCGUCAAAGCUGCCCUCUCUACCGAUUCCUCUGGUGGGGUCCAGUCCUCUUUCUCCAUGAUCACCCCGUCCUCUGCCGUUUUCCAGGUGAUUAUUGGUGGAGGUGGUGGGGGUGGCGCUUUCAUUGGUGGUGGAGCUGCCACUGCUACAAGUUCUGCUGGCGGAGCAGCCGCUGCUGAAGCGACUCCAGCAGAGGAGAAGAAGGAAGAGAAAGAGGAGAGCGAUGAUGACAUGGGAUUCUCCCUCUUUGAUUAGUUUAAUUUAUAAUAUUUGUCCCAGCUGAGUUAUGCUAGUUUUAGUUCUUCAAUUUAAGAUCUCCAUACGAACCAUGUCAGCAGAGGGUGAGCGUUGGCUGUGAUUUUGCAGUAAUAGAGAAUGAAUUCUCGGUUGUGAUGUGUUUUGCUAGAAA